AUGCGAUGCGCGAGCAAGGCCGCCGAGAGCGCGCCCGCACGUCUUUGUGCGGACGCCGAAGCAGAAACCACAGCAACUGAUGUCUCAUCGGUUGCUGAAGCGACUCAGCCUGUUUCACCUGGUAAUGCAGACGCUCGUCAUAAAGACACUCAUGUCUUCACAGAGUAUGAGCUCAGUGUCUCAUUUUCUCCUGAUACGGAAGACGGAUCCGUAUCGACGGCGGUUGAAACCAAGCCUCCUGCCAAGCGUGGCAUGGACGAUGCUAUGCGUCGUAGCAUCUUUGGUUCAACCGAUAAAUCAGAUGAACCAUCGCCGAAGCGAAGGCGCUCGAGGUCGCAAGACUCGGGCGCUAACAGUGGUGUCGGUUCUCCUAUUGACACCACUUCGCAACGAGGUGCCAGUACUUCUGUCGGCACAUCGCAGGAAGAGCGGGACCGCACCGUGUUGCGUCUCGCUUCCAAAAAGAAGGCAUGGCUGCCUCCCAAAUCUGUCAUGGAUCACUUGUCGGCGACGACGAGUGAUCGUUAUCGAACACGAUUGUUCGAUUCGUCAAGGAUCCAUCACCUUGACCCCAGCGCGAAAAACUAUCGCGCUGAGAAUGAAUUCUUCAUCGAUGCUUUCUUUAGACAUCGAUGGUACAGUGGGAAUCACAAACGUGGUGGUCCCUCACUGCUUCAGGCGUGGAACGCUUACAUCCAUAACCUUGAGGAUGUAGGUCGUGACGUUUGGAACGACAAACUUAUCAAAGCUCGUGAUAAGUUUGAAAAGCGAACCCCGACAGGUGCACGCUACAAGCUGCAUCGUCUGUCAAGGGAGAAGAAAUUACCCUGCCUCUCUUGGGGAGACUCGUGCCCAUGUUGUGUGAACAACUCUGCACGAGCACCUAAGGAGGCUUACCUCCUUACUAGCCCGUAG